AUGCGGUCUACGCGACCUAAAAAACUCACCUCAAAGCAGGCAAUACCUAUCUACAGAGAUAGCCAGAUAGAAAUAGCCGACGAUGAGCUCCAAACCACCCUUCAUACCAUUGAAACCGGUGUUGAAAAGGCGGAAGAAAGCGAGUACCACCUUCAAGCGGCUAUAAAUGCGGCAGCUCUCGGAAAUGUCUCCCAGAAGACGCAUAUCCCCACACCAGAGACAGUCACAAGUUCGCUCCAAUAUGGAAAAUUAUAUCCCGCGACGUUUUCUCAGCCAGCGACAUAUAUUAGGUUUUCCUCCACAGUUGAAGAUUGUUGCGGGUGUUCGUAUAACCUUGUGGAGGAAGAUGACUUGGCCCUGAGGAUCAUGAACCAAAAAACUGAUGCCUCAACACAAUGCUCAGAAAGUCAAUUCGAAGAGAUCAUGAGCUUCUUCGAGGACACGGCUCACACCAAACAGCCUUUUGCAGCAGUAGAUAACCCUCCUGUAAUUCCAUACGAGGAAAUGGAAGAGUGUUUCGACGGGAUUAUCAAUGAUAGUUUGAAAAUAUUCACGAAAAUCGCAUAUGAGCACUGGAGGUCAAGGCGGGCUCGGACCGGAAAUUGUCCGUUACAGCCGAAUCUAAAGUUUGAAUCAGGUCAAGAUACCGAUGACAGCGACCCAUAUGUAUGCUUCCGGCGUAGGGAGGUACGACAGGCCCGUAAAACCCGUGGAAGAGAUGCGCAAAGUGCGGAGAAGCUUCGCCGUCUUAGAAAAGAACUAGACGACGCUAGACAACUGGUUGCUCUCGUUCGACAACGUGAAGUCGCAAGAAAAGAGCAAUUUGCCAUCGAUAGACAAGUGUUCCUGCAGCGCAGCGAGGUCAAGGAAAUGAAACGCAAACUAGGAAUCAAGGAUGAUGAUGAGGAUCUCAUCAAUCAGAAGGUGUGUAAAUUUGAAAUUGAAACACAGACCGUCGUGUUAACGGAGAAACAGCCGAAAAAGAAGCCAGCAGAUAUCGUGUCGACACCACGACCCGUUGCCCCUCAGCUUCGCGCACCUCCCAGACCAGCUGGACACCCCGCAGAAGACCUAAGGCUACUGGAAGACGCCCAAGCUGAUAAAGAAAAUGAGAUUUGCCGUGACAUUAAGCAAAAUGUCAUCAAACAUGCUAAGUGGAACGAGGGUUAUGUAGAUAUGACUCGAUCGCCAUUAUGCCCGGAUGCUCCACGGUCUUUUGACGGUUUGGAUUUCCGACCCGCAAUAACCGAGUAUCUCCCUACGCCGCCCACAUCCGAAUCGUCUGAGGCCGGCAUUGACUCAGAAGAUAUUUUGAUAGAAAGGCCGUCAGAUAUCUUUUCUGUAAUACUCAAAAGCGCAAUAUCCCCUGAUGAGCAAUCGCAAAGAGGGAUGCCAUGCUUUCGUCGACGAAUAGGUAGAGGUGGGCGCAUGAUGAUUGACCGAAGAAACCUCCCGUUCCGUAAUAGGAAUGAGGUUGACCCAGUCCAGUUAGAUCGUUUCAAAUAUGACCAGGAGGAUGAUGGUGACUCUGACCCAGUAUAUGCGCGGGACGAAUUCAAUAUCCAAAUAAUGCAGCACCGAGCUUAUCUCAAUGCUAAGUCAUCAAGAGAUCAAGCUAUCCAGGCCCAGAUGCAAGCACAAGCUGCUCAAAACGGCAGACGACUGCAGACCGGCUCUCUCCAGCCGCAAACAGGAGGCACCCCCGCUUUACCACAUCCCACAAAACGCCCUCAAUCCACGGCUUGA